AUGGAUCACCCUGGCGACCUUGACAGAAGGCAAAGUCGAACAGUAAACCCAUUAUUUCCUGCACACCAGCAGCAAGAAGAUGAGGAACAGCGGCCGCAUCAGCGGCGGCAGGACCUUCACGGACAGCCUGCAGAACAACAUCGACUACCGCUCCAUCGCCGCAGGAUCUCCCGGCCAUCUGACAGUGAAGUUAUUCGACUAGGGAAUCCGGGGGCGCGGGACUUGUCGCAUUCGCCUUUUCCCCUUCCAGGAAACAGUUUCGUCCAGCGUGCGAUUCAGUUCUGGGUGAAGCAGUAUUCUCCGGCAACGGUUCAGCGUCCACAUUUCGUUGGCCAGGGUCCGGAUCUUGCCCUUCUGCGCGACUACAUACCGUUCCUCAUGAAUGAUCGUAUGACCUUUUCAGCGCUUGUUGCUAUGUCCUCCUUCAGCGCCAACAUUGCUGCUACUGGUAGUCGCGACGCUCCAUCAGAAUCUCUCAGGUUCUAUCAGUCUGCCGUUUCGCUGUUACGGGAGAGGUUGACCGAUGAGUCGCAGCGGUCCAGUGAUGCAAUCAUCGUGACUCUGGCAAACUUGUGCGCGUUUGAGCCCACUGAUCUGCGUUGUCUGAGUCUGGGCCUGCAGGCCUUUUCGGGAAACUAUGAUGCAGUAGACAUGCACACGCUGGGCAUCAAACAGGUCGUUGCUCUUCGAGGCGGCACCAGCCAAUUAGGUUUCGAGGGAUUCCUGAAGACGGUGGCGACGGCGUGGCAGAACUUUUAUGCAGCCCGACAUUCCAUCUCCCUGACCGACCGGCGCUUCUUUCCUGAAGACGGAAAAUUCACCUACCCAGAACAUCCCUUCGAUCCCGACCUGUGCGACAUCAUUACAAGGUUUCGACCGGGCCUGACUGACAUAGCCUUGUCUGGCUUGCUGAGUCAUCAGAUCAUCAACCUGAUCGCACAUGUCAACAACUGGGUGCAAGAAGUGAACGCCUCUCUCCAAGAGUCGGAUGUGUACAAUUUGCAUGAACUGUCCCAGAGUUCGCGCAAUGUCACCUUAUGCGGCGAGUUCCUGCACAAGCCGGGAUUGACAAUGGUCGAGCAACUUCUCGUUCUUGCCCUGACUGCAUUCUGCUAUUCCACAGAUACGACACGAUCCAUGUUUUACCUGACAAAUGCUUAUCUGCAAAUUCGUUGCAAGCACAUGAGGACGCUGUAUAUUGAGGUGACGGGCAGAAAUGAGGCAUUUAUGACCUGGGUCGCAACCAUGCUUCUUGCCACAUUCGAACCCGCAUCACAGCCUUGGUUUCUGGGCCUAUCAAUCCUGCGAGCGCGCCCGACACUGCGAGACUGGCAGGCAAAUGUCAGGAUUUGCGAAGAUUAUUUCUGGAAUGAUGGCCUUUCAUUGAGACUGGCCUCGAAGCUCGGUUAUCUCAGGGGAACAGAGCGCCAGGGUCAGGGCUGA